AUGACUGUUGAGAGUGAAUUUUCUGAUGAAGAUAGUUUCAAGUUUUUUGGUUUGGGAGGAUGUAAUGAAGUAGGAAGAUCAUGUCAUAUAAUUGAAUACAAAAACAAAGUAAUUAUGUUGGAUUGUGGGAUGCAUCCAGCACUCAGUGGACAUGCAUCAUUCCCUUACUUUGAUGAAUAUGAUAUAUCAAAAGUGGAUAUUUUAUUAAUAAGUCAUUUUCACGUUGACCAUUCAGCAUCAUUGCCGUAUAUUAUGCAACAAUCUAAUUUUAGAGGAAAAGUUUUCAUGACCCAUGCAACAAAGGCGAUCUAUAGAUGGUUAAUGCAAGAUUUUGUUCGUGUGACAUCGAUUGGCAGUUCAAGGGCUGAAGCAGGAGGAAAAGAUGAAGGUAGUAACUUGUAUACUGACGAUGAUAUUAUGAAAUCAUUUGAUAGAAUAGAAACCAUCGAUUAUCACUCAACAAUGGAAAUUGAUGGAAUAAGAUUCACUGCAUAUCAUGCUGGACAUGUUUUAGGGGCAUGUAUGUAUUUCAUUGAAAUAGGUGGAUUAAAGGUGUUAUUUACUGGUGAUUAUUCAAGAGAAGAAAAUAGACAUUUACAUGCAGCUGAAGUGCCACCAUUGAAACCUGAUAUUUUAAUUAGCGAGUCUACUUUUGGGACAGGUACUCUUGAACCUAGAGUUGAGCUUGAAAGGAAAUUAACUACACAUAUCCAUGCAACGGUGACAAAAGGUGGUAGAGUGCUAUUACCUGUUUUUGCACUUGGGAAUGCCCAGGAAUUAUUGUUGAUUCUAGAUGAAUACUGGAGUCAGAAUGAAGAUUUGCAAAAUGUGAAUGUUUUUUAUGCCUCUAAUUUGGCCAAAAAGUGUAUGGCAGUUUAUGAAACUUACACGGGUAUUAUGAAUGACAAAAUUCGACUUUCAUCAUCUUCAGGUGAGAAAUCUAAUCCUUUUGAUUUGAAGUUUAUCAAAUCAAUCAAGGAUUUGUCGAAAUUUCAAGAUAUGGGCCCAUCUGUGGUUGUGGCAACUCCGGGUAUGUUACAAGCUGGUGUUUCAAGACAAUUAUUAGAAAAGUGGGCUCCUGAUAAUAAAAACUUGGUGAUUUUGACUGGUUAUUCCGUCGAAGGUACUAUGGCAAAAGAAUUAUUGAAAGAGCCAACCAUGAUUCAAUCAGCAACAAAUCCCGACUUAACAAUUCCAAGAAGAAUUGGGAUUGAAGAAAUUUCAUUUGCAGCACAUGUUGAUUUCCAGCAGAAUUCAGAGUUUAUAGAUAAAGUAUCACCAUCCAAGAUUAUUUUGGUACACGGUGACUCUGUGCCUAUGGGUAGAUUGAAAUCUGCAUUGUUGAGUAAAUAUUCUGCUCGUAAAGGAACGGAUCAAGAAGUGAAAGUAUAUAAUCCAAAGAACUGUGAAGAAUUGAAGAUAGGUUUCAAGGGUUUGAAAGUUGCUAAGGUAUUGGGAUCGUUAGCUGAAGAACAAAUACAAAUUUUAAAAAAAGUUAUCCAAGAUAAAGUAGAAGAUGAAAAUAAUAAAAUUGUUGAGCUUGAUGAAGACGGAGAUGAUAUGGAAGUUGAUUCCAAUAAAAAAGAAGAGGAUAUUGUUAAUUCUUCUACUGCUGCUGCUGCAGUUGAUGUUUUGAGAACUGGACAAGCAGUUAGCGGGGUGUUAGUUUCAAAAGACUUUGAUUUGAACCUUGUUCAGUUGCAAGACUUGCAUGAAUUUACCCAAUUGUCGACUUCUAUCGUGAAGUCAAAGAUAAAUUUGAAGGUCAAUGCAGAUAUUCCAUUGAUGGUUUGGCACUUGGAGCAAAUGUUUGGCUACAUAAAUAUAGUACAAGAAUCGGACAGUGAAUGGGAAUGUGUGAUAAUGGAUGUCGUUGAUAUUUUUGUUGACAAAACAAAAAGACCAGGUUUGUAUAUAACCGUUGAAUGGAUUAAUGAUAACCUCAUGACUGACUCCUUGGCUGAUAGUGUCAUUGCCAUCUUAUACUCGAUUGAUUCCUCACCUGCGUCAGUCAAAUUAUCCAGUCAUAGUCAUAGCCACAGUCAUGACACUGAAACAAAAUUAAAGCUCGAACCAGGGGUCAAACAACCAGCUGAAGCCCAUGCAAUUAGUGAUAUAACAAAUAGAUUGAAAAGAAUAGAGUUGUUAUUAAAAGCUCAAUUUGGUGAAGCUUUUAAACAAUUGCCGGAAGACAAAGCUACUGUAACCAUUGGUAAAACAAUUGCUAAUGUUGACUACAGAACAUUGAAGGUAGAAUGCUCUUCAAGAGUGUUGAAAGACCGUGUUGAGAAUAUUCUCAAACGUGGAAGUCUAUUAACAGCUCCAUUGAGUGAAAACACCAAAAGUGUAUAG